AGAACAGCUCCGCCGCUUCUGUCCCUGUUAAUUUGCGGCACAUACAACUAUCAUCUACAACCAAUACCGACUUUGCAGUUACUGUUUCCUCAGUGAGACGAGGAGAGGGGGUCCACUGCCGGAGCAUGGACCCCCUGGCCAAACCCUGCCCGUCACAGGCAGACCGAAACCCUCAGACCUUCAGCAAUAGGCUAACCUCUCUGGGAGCCACCGGUGGGGAGGCGAACGAUAGAGGGUGCAGGGACGAGGCAAUGGGAGGCGGCGAUACCUUGACCAGCCUUACCGACAUGGAGGAGUCACUAGAGGAUAAACUGAAGGGUCUGGCUUUCAGGAAACAGACUUCGUACAGGAAGGCGAUCUCACGGUCCGGCCUGCAGCACCUGGCCCCCAUCCAGAACGCCGCCCUUGCCCUGAGCAACGGGCCCACCAAGGAGCUGCGCUCCUCCAUGGACUGGAGCGAGAACGCCACGAACGGAGACCACCUGUGGCUGGAGACCAACUGCUCUGGAGACCUCUGUUACCUGGGAGAGGAGACGUGCCUGGCCAAGAUAGCAAAGUCGGCCCCCCGGAGGAAGUGUGCAGCGUGUAAGAUCGUGGUCCACACCGCCUGCAUGGAGCAGCUCGACAAGAUCAACUUCCGCUGCAAGCCCACCUUCAGAGAGGGGAGCUCCCGCUGCAUGAGGGACGUAAGUCUGCCCGCCCGCUUCCCGCCGUAACGGGCCGCGCUAACGGCAGGCUCGCGGCUAACGGCUGUUUCGCCCUCUCUCUCCCAACAGCAAAACAUCCUGAGGCACCACUGGGUUCACCGGCGCCGCCAGGAGGGAAAGUGCAGGCAGUGCGGAAAGAGCUUCCAGCAGAAGUUCUUCCACAGUAAAGAGAUCGUGGCGAUCAGCUGCUCCUGGUGCAAGCAGGCGUUCCACAACAAGGUGACGUGCUUCAUGCUGCACCAGAUCGAGGAGCCCUGCUCUCUGGGGGCCCACGCCGGGGUCAUCGUGCCCCCCUCCUGGAUCAUCAAAGUCAGGAAGCCGCAGAGCUCUUUUAAAAACUCGAGCCGAAGGAAAAAACGGACGUCGUUCAAAAGAAGGACCAGCAAAAAGGGAACCGAUGAAUCAAAAUGGCGUCCGUUCCUGCUCAAACCGCUCCCCUCUCCGCUCAUGAAGCCCGUGCUGGUCUUCGUCAACCCCAAAAGCGGAGGAAACCAGGGACUCAAGGUGCUGCAGAUGUUCAUGUGGAUCCUGAACCCACGGCAGGUUUUCGACCUCUCUCAGGCCGGGCCCAGGGACGCGCUGGAGUUAUACAAGAAAGUGCCAAAUUUACGUAUCCUUGCCUGCGGAGGAGAUGGUACGGUGGGCUGGAUCCUGUCUGCGCUGGACGAGUUACAAAUGAACCCGCAGCCUCCUGUAGCUGUGCUUCCUCUCGGGACAGGAAAUGACCUCGCGCGGACCCUCAACUGGGGAGGGGGGUACACAGACGAGCCCGUGUCUAAGAUCCUGUGUCACGUGGAGGACGGGACCGUGGUGCAGUUGGACCGCUGGAACCUGCACGUGGAGAGGAGCCCCGCCCAGCCAGAGGAGGGAACCCAGAAGCUCCCUCUGAAUGUGUUCAACAACUACUUCAGCCUGGGCUUCGAUGCCCAUGUCACACUGGAGUUCCAUGAGUCCAGAGAGGCCAACCCAGAGAAAUUCAACAGCCGCUUCCGGAAUAAGAUGUUCUAUGCAGGGGCAGCUUUCUCAGACUUCCUCCAGAGGAGCUCCAGGGACCUGUCCAAGCACGUCAGAGUUGUGUGCGACGGCACAGACCUCACGCCCAAGAUUCAGGAGCUGAAGUUCCAGUGCAUCGUCUUCUUGAACAUUCCCAGGUACUGCGCGGGCACCAUGCCCUGGGGCAACACAGGUGACCAUCGGGAUUUUGAGCCGCAGCGUCAUGACGACGGCUGCAUCGAGGUCAUCGGCUUCACCAUGGCGUCUCUGGCGGCGCUGCAGGUGGGGGGCCACGGCGAGAGGCUGCACCAGUGCCGGGAGGUGACUCUCACCACCUUCAAAACGGUCCCGGUGCAAGUGGACGGAGAGCCGUGCCGCCUGGCCCCCUCCACCCUGCGCAUCUCGCUCAGGAACCAGGCCAACAUGGUACAGAAGAGCAAGAGGCGUACCUCCGUGCCCCUGCUCAACGACCCCCACUCCGUCCCGGACCGACUACGGCUACGCGUCAACCGGAUGAGUCUGCAGGAGUACGAGAAGCUGCAGUUCGACAAGGAGAGCCUCCGAGACAUCUCUACCCCCGUGGGCAUCAUCGUGGUGAGGGGAGACUGCGACCUGGAAACAUGCAGACUGUACAUCGAUCGUCUGCAGGAGGAUCUUCACCAAGCUCCCUCUGGUGCCCAUAGAGUGCACUACCAGGAUGAGAUGAGAGGUCUGCCCCGCCCUGGCUCUGCCCACAGGCUGUCCCCGAACUGGAGUUUCCUGGACUCUACAUCUGCUGAUCGUUUCUACCGCAUUGACAAGGCUCAGGAGCACCUGCACUUUGUGACGGAGAUCUGUCAGGACGAAGUCUUCAUCCUGGAUCACGAGGCCCAUGCAGGGGGUUUGCCAGGGAUGCCAGAUCUGGUGGUGGAACCCAGUUCUGGGACGCCCCUGACAGCAGAUGAACAAGCCCUUCUGACGGCUGCCAGCACUGGAAACCUACCACUGUUCUCCAGCUCCUGGGCUCGUGGGGCCAGUCUGCUGGUGAGGAACUCUGGGGGCUGCUCAGCUCUGCACCUGGCUGCUGAGCAUGGGCACAUGGAGAUAGUGGGCUUCAUCCUGGAAAACGCUUCCAAGUUGGUCCUGGAACUGACAGACAGUGAAACAGGGGAGACCGCCCUGCACAAAGCCGCAUCCCAGCGGCAGCAGGCCACAUGCCAGUUGCUGGUAGACGCCGGAGCCUCCGUCUCCAAGGCCAACUUCCUGGGGAAGACACCAAAAGACAAGGCCCAAGAGUGCGGGGACCUGGAGCUGGCAUCCUACCUGGAGAGCCGGCAACAGUAUCAGACCAUCUCCCACGACGACCUGGAGACUGCAGUUUGAGGGCCUGGACUCUCCACACACCGCGA